CAAUUUCGGCAAAACAUAUUAAGCAACACUAAUAAUAAAUCAAAAACCACAAAAAUAAACAAACUUUUGACGGUUUUAUAGACAUUUCAAAAUUACGAUGCUACGAUGCUAGUUGUUUCCAUUAUUUUGUCCAACCUCUGUAUGUGUCAGUCCACAUAUCGAUUCGGUUAGUUAAUAUUUACCCAGCAGUAAAAUAUCCACAACACUGACAGCCCAGACAGAGCAUUACAAAUAAGUACAUCGGUAGGUCUACGUUUCAGAGGUGGACUUUGACCUCUCCCACUACACCUUUUUUUUUCGGGUUUUCGUUGAGGACUAACCUUGUGACCUGGCUCUCUCGCAGUUAUUGUCGGAGUCUUUGUGAACUUUAUUGAACGCCAGCACAAAAGAAAUAAAACAGCAGGUUUACAUAACUCACCCAGCGUCAGACGUAACGACCUUUUUCCAUUCAUUAAAUAGACGUCCGCGAGUUUUUGAAUGAAAGACAACAUAGAUACGACGUGCGAAGGGCAUCACUCAUUAUUCUUCAUACGUCUGAAAUAUAUAUAUAUAUAUUUUCCUUCUUAAAUAUCUUUAUUUUCCUUUCGGCUGUUAAUGCUAGUCUGGGUUUCAUGUGAGGUGAAUAGAGAUGAUCCACCAUCGAUAGAGAAAGCGGGUGUGAGAAGAGGAACAACAACACGGUUAUAGCAACAGCAAAUACGACAACAACAACAACAAUAGCAGCAACUACAAAACCAGCAACAAAAUCAACAACCGUAACAUCAACAACAACAACAACAAAAAGAGAAAGCAAUGGCUGUGCGAGUAGAGUGUUAUCCUGAAGAAGCUCUUAUCGACCAAGUAAUCUCUAUUCAGGUAUUGAACCUGGUACCCUGUAGUUCGGUCACCGUCAGUGCCUGGGUAGAGCAGAAUGGUAAACACUUUGGUUCAUAUGGCCAUUACACAGCUUCAGAGAAUGGUCGUGUAGAUUUGAGCAAAGAGUGUGCAGAACCUUCUGGCAUGUAUGUUGGUGUGGAGUCCAUGGGGCUUUUCUGGAGCAUGGUGUCUGUCCCGGGACAGCGGAGUGGUCAGCGACUUUUCCAGAGUGAAGCGAGUAAACCUCUCGCUUUUGAGAUACGUGUGUAUGAAGGUCGGUUGUCUUGGGAUGAUCUGUGGGUGGAGGCGUUUGAAGAUGAGAGUGGUAUAAAGGUUGGUUGCAGUGAGGAGAAACUCCUGGCUAGGAAGAUAGUCCUGCGCUCGUAUAAGGGUCCGGAUGUGAGUCGAAUUGUGGUGGAAACAGGACGUAUCCGAGGAACACUGUUUAUCCCGGCUGGCUUGCGGCAUGGCGAGACACGUCCUGGGGUGAUUGAUAUGUUUGGUUCCCGUGGUGGGUUGCUAGAAAUGAGGGCUGCACUUCUUGCGUCCCAUGGGUUUGUUGCCAUGGCCCUGGGUUAUUUCCUGUACAAAGAUCUGCCGACUGAAUUAAGCUUUGAAUAUGAGUACUUUGAGGAAGCAGCGCAAUGGUUGCAGAGCCAACCUAAUGUGGCCCCUGGUGGAAUUGGCAUGGUUGGUGUGUCACUUGGGGCACAGAUCAGCGUCUACAUGGGGCUAAACUGUCCACUUGUGAAAUCAGCCAUUGGUAUAGGCCAUCCACCGACAUUCGGCGUCGGGACAAAAUUUACAAAGGCUGGACAAAUCGUCCCUUCCCAGAGUUUACAGAACAUAGUUAUAGUGAACCACAAGGAUGAUAUGAAAUCAAUGCAAAUGGAUUUUGAACUAGAGAAGUACUUCUCAUUUAAUACCAGUCAUACGUCCCCUUUACUGUUCAUCGUUGGCUCGGAGGACACGAUGGUAAAGGCAUCCGAUGUUACCAAGUGGUUAGACACCUUGAGUGACUCUGACCGGUCAAUGGUAGAAGUGGCCGUUUACCAAGGUGCUGGUCAUCUCAUAGAACCACCCCAUGCCCCACUCUGCGCUAUCUCAUAUCACAAGUCGCUUAGAGGGUUAAUGAAUUACGGCGGCACGACUAAGCCGCAUGCUGUGGCACAGGAGGAGUCGUGGAAACGGAUAAGAGACUUUUUGUGGAAUACACUUGGGAAAAGGUACACUAAAUGCCGUUUGUGAACC